UUGUAGGGUGAAUUAUACAUUUAUACGAACCAACAUUGUGAUACAGACGUACUAAAACGUGAACCUUAUUAUGGGAAACUAGUGUUGUUAUAGGAAAAACUACGUUUGUAGGAUAAUUUGUGGUCAACGAUUAAGUUGUAGGUAUAUCUUGCCUGAAUCUGGUGUUUGUGUUACGUAUUAAUUAGAUGAACAGUAUAGACCGUGCCUCAUGGCUGCAGUGACCAGUGAAUGAUGAUGCUCCGUGUGUUUCUGCUGAUUUGCGCGUGCGCUAGUGUGUUAGCCAUGCCGAGUGCUUUUAGUAAAGUCAAAUACAACUUCCAUCUUCAACUUCCAGAUCAAUCGCUAGAAAACGAAGUCCACUCAUACAAUUUUCCCUUCGUGACCCGCGAGCAAUGGCAAGCUAGGCCCCCAGUGAAGAAGACGCCCCUACAGACACCGGUACCUUUCGUGGUGAUCCACCACUCGUACAUACCAGCAGCCUGCUAUGAUAAGGAACAGUGCUGUGCAGCUAUGAGGAGUAUGCAGAACUUCCAUAUCGACGAUCGGGGAUGGUGGGAUAUAGGAUACAGUUUCGCGGUAGGGAGUGAUGGUGCAGCAUACGAGGGCCGAGGGUGGGAGACGCUGGGAGCCCACGCGCUGCACUUCAACACCGUCAGCAUUGGCAUCUGUCUCAUCGGAGAUUGGAGAUUUGAAGUCCCUCCAGCUGAGCAAAGGAAGACAGCCAUGGCCUUAAUAGCUGCCGGGGUAGAACUUGGCUUCAUCAAGCCUGACUACAAGCUCGUUGGUCACCGCCAAGUUCGUGCCACCGAGUGUCCUGGAGACGCACUCUUCAACGAGAUCAAAACGUGGGACCACUACUCUCCCUUCCCUAACUCGCAUUUGGAUCUACUUAGCGUUGAAGAGAUACCAGACUUUGUGAAAGAGGCUAUUAGAAAUAACGGUACUUUGCCGGUUUAAUGUAAGAUUGUAGUUUUAGGUCAAUUAUAUUGUUAGGAUACCUAAGUACCUUUCCAUUUCUUAUUAAGAAAAAACAUAAUUUAGUUUUUCAAAAAUUUUAGAUUCAAUAAAUGUUAGCGAUAUUUCUAUACCCAGUCUAGGAAUAGUAUUUAAUACUCUCUCUGUAUAAUAAUGUACACGUUUACCCACGCCAUAAUGAUAAAUGCCACAGUAAUAUGGUGGGAUAAUAGUUUUAAAUGCUGCACCACACUGUAUUGUUCAGGGUAUUGUAUUGUUAUGAUGUAAGUUAUUUUACAGAUGAUUUACAGAUUUACAAUGCGUGUCUUUUUUGUUCUAACCUAUUCUACCUCAUUGUGUGAAGAGAACUGUACUGAGGAAUUCAUGUCACCUCUGUCGUAUACUUAUUUAGGUAGCGCGUACUGCACUAUAAUUUUCUUAAACUUUAUUCUGCUUUUCUUUAAAGUUGUAAAUAUAUGUUUAAGUAAGAAGAUCACCUCUUCCUAUAAAAUAUUUUAUACAUACGAUACCUAUGUAUGUAGAUACGUAAGUCUGCGUAUUAAUUAAUAGUAUGUUUAUUAUUGUAUAAGUGUGCAUUCAUAAUUAUUUAGUUCAAUAUCAUAUAUAAUUGCUUAUUCGUCCUAUAUCAGUUCCUGUAACUCAGUUACAUAGGCAUGUUAAAAGUAGGUAUAAUGUAAAUAAAAAACAAAACGAUUGUAAAUAAAUCUUUAUUAAUUAGGUAAA